AUGGCUCCGACAGAGACGGUUCAAGCUCUGGUGCUACAUGGCAUGAACGACCUCAGACUGGAAACGAGGCCACCACCAAUUCUGCAACCUGGCGAAGUCCAAAUAGCAAUCAAGGCAACAGGUAUUUGCGGUUCGGACUUACACUACUACCGUCAGGGAAAGAAUGGAAACUUUGUGGUUCGGGCGCCUCUCGUCCUCGGUCAUGAAGCAUCCGGAGUGGUCACUGCUAUUCCGGAGGUCGCAAGUGGCGUCACCAAUGGCGACAGUCCUUCCACGACUCUCCGGGUGGGCGACAGAGUGGCCUUGGAAGUCGGCUUUCCCUGUCGGUCAUGCGCGUUAUGCACCAUAGGCCGAUACAAUCUGUGUUCCAAACUAUCUUUCAGAUCUUCUGCAAAGACGUUCCCACACGUUGACGGAACGCUUCAGACGUUGAUCUCACAACCAGCGGCCAUGUGCCACAAACUCCCUGACAAUGUCACCUUCGAGCAAGGCGCCUUGGUCGAGCCCUUGGCUGUCUCUCUACACGCAUUGAACCGCAGCGAGUCUGCAGGAUCGGGUGUAGGAGUGCCUUUGGUUGGGUCAAGCGCCUUGGUCCUGGGGGCGGGCGCCGUGGGGAUGUUGACGGCUGCUUCUUUGUCUGUUGCUGGUGUAUCCAAGAUUGUCAUUGCCGACAUCGACGGGCCCAGGUUAAAGAUCGCCGCAACGCUGGCUGGCGGCAGGUUCAAGUUGAAGACCUUUCUCAUUCCUCGAAAAGCUCCUUCCCAAGACGUGUCAGUAAAUCUAUCGGACGCCCAGGAACAAGCGGCGGAGAUAUGCAAGGCAGAGGGGCUCGAAGCCGGGUUCGAUCGUGUUUUUGAGUGCUCGGGCGCUCCACCAUGUGUCCAGCUGGGCGUGUAUGCCACCGCAGCAGGCGGGAAGCUGGUCCUGGUGGGAAUGGGCGCACCGGUUCAGACCUUGCCCUUGGGUGCGGCUGCUCUGAGGGAGGUGGACAUCGUCGGGGUAUUCCGAUAUGCCAACUGCUAUCCCGCGGCCAUCGCACUCUUUGCCAGUGGUCAGUUGGAUGGUGUUGCGGAAGAUCUGGUCACGCAUCGGGUGGCACUUGCUGAGGGCGAGAAGGCCUUCCGAGUGGCUUCCAAUACAGGUCGGGAGGGAGAGGACGAGGGAAGAGUACCUGUCAAGGUGGUGAUCACUUCAUAA